ACCAACAUUGUCCUUGGCUUCCGUUCAGCAUCCUGUUUUGAUUCCAAAAGUCGCUUUCUGGUUUGAAGGCAAACACAGAAGAACAAACUUCAGUUCCGAACCGCUGGCUUUCUGGCCAUAGCUCUGCAGCCAUGGACGUCUGCACAUUUUUGAUGCUGAUACCGCUCAUAUCUCUUCACACUUUUUGUGUGAACGGCGAGGAUUUUUUGCUGAUGCCUGUAGAACUUGCUCCCAUUCCCUGCAACGACAAAGCAGUGGAGAAGCUUUCUCGCCUGGCCGUCACUUAUAUCAACGAGGAUCAUAGCGAGGCCUACAAGUUUGCCCUCAACCGCAUCGCCAAUGUCCACCUGCAUGCUCAGGGGCCAGCAGGCAAUGUGUACUACCUGGACCUGGAUGUCCUGGAGACCAAGUGUCACACAGGCAGCCCAAAGCCGUGGAAGCGUUGCGACGUCAGACCCUUCAUGGAAACACAAAUCUCGGGUAACUGCAACACCACCAUUCUGAACACACCGGAGGGCUACUCCUACCUCUACAGCUAUGAAUGCUCUCUUGUGCCAGAUCCACCAGAGAAGCUUCAGCAGACCUGCCCAACCUGCCCCGUCCUGCUCUCCGUGGACAGCCCGGAGGCCAUGAACGCUGCCGGGAUCACUCUGGAGGCUUAUAAGAGGCAGUCCACUCUGGGGGCCGGGCUCGGAGUGAAAAAGGUCACCCGAGCUGGAGCUCAGAGCGUGCCAACAAAAGCCAUCUUCGUGGAGUACACGGUCCAGCAGUGUCCAGAGGGAUUUACAGAGAGAGGGACCUGCCAGCGACUGACUCUCAAAUCAGACACACAGACUGAUGGGUUCUGCACGGGAUCUGUGUACGGAGACAUGAGCAACCACCCCGACGUUCAGGUGUCCUGUGAGAUGUACAAAAUACAGAAUGUGGACAUGGUCCAACCAGUGAAACCGCAGGUUCAUGACCUCCCUACGGAGCCUGUGAUCCCAACCUUUGCACCUCUGCCUGAUGACCCAGUGAAUGACCUGCAGCCUGCUCCCUCUGACCCUCUGACUCCCACUGCUGCUCAGCCAGCUCUGACUGACCCCACGGCUACGCCCUCUCUUCCCGCAGAACCCACCACUGCGGUUAACCCCUCCGUCCCUUUCACUACUUCUUCUUCCAGUGAGUCUGAUGAGAGCGUCGUAAACCUGCAGCAGCGCCCUGCCGUUACUGGGGCUCUAGAUUCAUCCUCUGAGGAAGUGGGGGGGCCGGUGGCCCGGCGUCCACCCCUUAACUUCCGCUACCAGAGGCGCAACCGUGAGAAGCGGCAAAGCUUGGCGGAGCCCUCUCCCUCACACAACCCAGUAUUCCUGUCUGAUUUCCCCAGCGGCCCAUCUCCCUUUCGAUCCUGUCCUGGUCCGGCUCGAUACGCCACGGUGUAACCAGUCCUGUCUUGCUCAGAAAUCCAUUUACUCAUGUAUGAUUUACCCACUGAGAGGCUGAACCGAUAAACUGCUCCAAUCCCUGUCACUGGAGGCUUGUAAUAAUUUGUGCUAAUGAGAGGAAAGCGUUUUUUUUUUCUCUCUCUGUGGCCUUGAAGCGACCUCUCAGCAGCGUCUGUACUGUUGCUCCCAAAGCAGCUCAAACAUGAAUUUUAAAAUGGCAACACGUUUCAGAAAAGUGUAAAAAUCUCCAGUAAACUAACCACUUGAAGAUAUUACAGGGGUUUGGAUUUAUUCUGUCU